CCGCAUAACGAUUACUCAAGAAAGCAACCGUCAGUGCUACCAACCCUAGAUAUUUUCUUUUCUUUUUUAACUCCAUAAAAGAGUGUCCGCAAAUUUUUUAAUUUCUUAAAAAAAGUAACACAAUGGAGAACGACGCCGGUGAGAAUGUUGAUUUGUACGUGCCCCGCAAAUGCUCUGCUUCCAACAGAAUCAUUCACGCUAAGGAUCACGCUUCCGUCCAAAUCAACAUUGUCGAUGUUGAUCCCGAAACCGGACGCAUGACCGAUGGCUCCAAGGUUUAUGCCAUCUGCGGUGAAAUCCGUCGUAUGGGUGAAUCCGAUGACUGCAUUGUCCGUUUGGCCAAGAAGGACGGUUUGAUCACCAAGUAAGUUUGUGGAAAAAUGAUCAUGUGUAAAUAAAACCGACGUUUUAUAGUAAUUUAAAAUAAA